AUGGACUUUCUCUCUUCUUCGCCGCCAGCCACCUCGGACGACAGUUCCUGCGACGACUCGACCGGGCCCAUCACUCCAGACAGCAGCCCUAUGUUCGGCGCCUCGCGAGUCGAAGACCUCAUCGGGACCCCGUUGGCUCACUAUCUCAGCUCUCCGAAGCAGCACGAGGCUGGCGUGCUUUCGACCGACGGACUGCGCUUUGCCCCGCCAGUCAGUCUGUGCGAGCUCUCGUUUGGGACGCCUGUAAGGCACAUUGCCGUCGUCGGUGCUGGUUAUGUCGGUGGUCCGACUGCGGCCGUCAUUGCCUUGCACAACCCGCAUAUCCGCGUGGAAGUGCUGGACAAAGACCAGCGUCGCGUCCGCCGUUGGAACUCGCCUCAUCUUCCCAUCCACGAAUCCAGCUUGAUUGAUAUAGUCAGGGUGACACGGGACGGAGCCAGUCUCUCGUCACGAGACAAUUCAAAUGUCCCUACGGACCGUCUGCCGAAUCUCUUCUUCACCACCGAUUCACAGGCCAGCCUAGCCAAGGCCGACAUGGUCAUGAUGGCUGUGAACACGCCCACCAAGACCUUUGGUAUUGGUGCCGGCCGGGCCACCAACAUGACCACCUUUGAUGCUGCUGUAAAAGAAGUCGCCUUGUACGCCAGGCCUGGCACUAUCAUUGUCGAGAAAAGCACGGUUCCCUGCGGUACUGCCCAGCGCGUGCGCCAGAUGCUUGAUGCCGUCCGCCCCGGAACACCGUUUGAGAUUCUUUCUAACCCUGAAUUCCUGUCCGAAGGCUCCGCCGUGCGCAAUCUGCUACAUCCUGACCGUGUGCUCAUUGGAUCGGCCAAGACACCUUCGGGUCGUCGCGCAGCAGAUGCCCUGGCAAGCGUCUACGCCGCGUGGGUGCCGCGCUCGCGUAUUCUCGAAGUCGAUGCGUGGUCAUCUGAAUUAGCCAAACUCGUGAGCAACGCCAUGCUCGCCCAGCGCAUCAGCAGCAUCAACUCUAUCAGCGCCAUCUGUGAUCGCACCGGAGCUGAUGUAGACGAGAUUGCUCGAUCCGCCGGGCUCGAUCCUCGCAUUGGCCCACAGUUUCUCAAGGCAGGGUUGGGAUUUGGAGGCUCUUGCUUCCGCAAAGACAUUGCCAGCCUGACGUAUCUGGCCGAGUCUCUCGGACUGCCUGAAGUAGCACACUACUGGAGCCAAGUGAAUUCGAUGAAUGACUGGCAACGAGACCGCUUCGCCCACAAGGUGAUUCACCGCAUGGAGGAGAAUCUAGUCGGAAAAAAGAUUGCCAUCUUGGGAUUUGCUUUUAAGAAGAACACUGGAGAUACGCGCGAAUCGCUCGCGGUGGACGUCAUCCGGGUCUUGCUUCAGGAGAGACCUGGUGAAAUCGCCAUCUUUGACCCGUGUUGUCUGUCAGAAGACAUUAUGCGCGAACUCGAACCAGUCUUGGAUGCCAAUAACCGUGAGCGAGUCCACGUUUACACUGAUGCCUACCAGGCUUGUGAACAAGCCAAUGCGGUGGUGGUUGUCAACGAUUCCGACCCAUUCAAACAGGCCCCGGGUAGGAAGCUGGGGAAAUCAAACAGCAAAAACGCCAGCACGGAGCAGCAGCCGUUUGAAACAAACGACAUGGCCAAAGAGAUUCACAUCGACGGGUCCCGUUUCUCCUACCACCCAACGCAGUCGCCGAUCUGCGCAGAGGACUGCCCGGACUGCCAGUCAACCAAGUCGCGGGGCACCAUGUCGAUAGAGCCAGUGGAAUGGGCUCGCAUCGCGUAUGGCAUGAAAGAGCCUAGAUGGGCAUUUGAUGGACGCGGUGUGCUAGAUGUGUCUGAGAUGGAGAAGCUCGGGUUCCGCGUUGACACACUGGGACGGCACACGGCGUCGCGGGACUUUAAUUAG